AUGAAGAGGUGCUUCACUGACGAUAUCUCUACAUUUGAGACCAAGAAACCACAACACUUCACCUCAACUUCGGGAACAGAUGCCUUCCGCGCUAUGUUAGUGUCUGCGAGGCUCGUCUCGCGUCCAGCUUUAACGCGUGGGCCAAACCUUGGAACGUGCUAUUUUUGCGACUCACCCUCGAUCUAUCGCAAUUGCGAUACCUGUGAUCAUACAAUAUGCCCUGUGUGCACGUUUGGGGGCUCGGAUACAUGUUUGAACUGCAGUGUUAACCGCUGA